AUGGCUCAAGCUCAAAGAAGGGUAAGAGAAAACAGUAAUCUUCAGUUUCCACAAAGCCAAAAUUGGUCGGCAUGGAAGACAGCCAUGGUUCCGCUGUACGAUCGAAUAAACACUGUAAACCGCCACCAGAACCAAGUAGGAUUCAUCUGGAAAUAUAUACUGCACGACGGCAAUUUACCGGAACUCUGUGGAAUUUAUGAAUGGCGAGCUAUUCGACGGGACCAGCCAAAUCGAGUCGUCUACGUUGGAAGCACGUGCACACGUUGAUGCAACAGUUAUGAACCACUGCAAAGCAGAAUCCUUGGGUAUUGCAGUCAUGGUAAUCAUAAAGAAGCUCUGAUAAAUGACGCAUUAACAAAAGGAUAUACGCUGGAGGUCCGUUACAAGCAGGCUUGGAAUGAACUGCAAGCUAGAAACCUGGAGAAUGAGCUACUUGACAUGUUUGAUUACGCUUGGAAUGAGAGGCGCAAUGGCGGGAAACUUGGUAUAAGACUAUUGCCAAUCUGA